GGAGGCAGAUCGACCGGCACCCUCAUACAUAAUCAGAGGGCGUGGGAGAGGGGGUCCCAUCCUCUGUGCCCGUCUUUCCACUCCCGCUCUCUUGCUCACGGAACAUUAGCAACAGGGUGGGAGACGAGACGACAGAACGCGCGCGAUGAAGGCGAACGUCGAGGAAGCUCUCCUGGACGUCGACGCAGACCAACCCGGGAAGCACCUGGGGGUGCGUGAGGAGGUGAAGAAGCAGCUAUGGCUGGCGGGGCCGCUGAUCGCCGGCGCGCUGCUGCAGAACGUCAUCCAGAUGAUCUCCGUCAUGUACGUCGGCCACCUCGGCGAGCUUCCCCUCGCCGGCGCCUCCAUGGCAAACUCCUUCACCAGCGUCACCGGCUUAACCGUCCUGCUUGGCAUGGCAAGCGCUUUGGACACCCUGUGCGGCCAAGCCUACGGAGCCAGGCAGUACAACCUCCUCGGCAUCUACAAGCAGCGCGCCAUGCUUCUCCUCACCAUCGUUAGCAUCCCCCUCGCCGUCGUCUGGUUCUACACCGGCGAGAUCCUCCUCCUGUUUGGCCAGGAUGCGGACAUCGCCGCGGAGGCCGGCGCCUACGCCCGGUGGAUGAUCCCGGCGAUCUUCGGGUACGGCCUGAUGCAGUGCCACGUCCGGUUCCUGCAGACGCAGAACAUCGUGCAACCGGUGAUGGCGAGCGCCGGCGCGGCCGCGGCGUGCCACCUGGUCGUCUGCUGGCUGCUCGUGUACGGGCUCGGGAUGGGCAGCAAGGGCGCGGCGCUUAGCAACGCCAUCUCCUACUGGCUGAACGUGGCCGUGUUAGCCGUGUACGUGAGGAUUUCGAGUGCUUGCAAGGAGACAUGGACCGGGUUCUCCACAGAGGCCUUCCGUGAUGCGCUCAGCUUCUUCAGGCUAGCGAUCCCAUCCGCUCUGAUGGUCUGCUUGGAGAUGUGGUCAUUUGAGCUCGUUGUGCUCCUUUCAGGCCUUCUUCCCAAUCCCAAACUGGAGACAUCCGUUCUAUCAAUCAGCCUCAACACUUCUUCCUUCGUGUGGAUGAUCCCCUUUGGUCUUAGCUGCGCCAUUAGCACUCGCGUCUCCAAUGAGCUUGGUGCGGGACGUCCCCAAGCCGCCCGCCUAGCGGUGCGAGUGGUCCUGUUCUUGGCCGUUGCCGAAGGGCUGAUCGUGGGACUGAUCCUAGUGUGCGUGCGCUACAUCUGGGGGCAUGCCUACAGCGACGUGGAGGAGGUGGUGGUAUAUGUGGCCAGGAUGAUGCUGGUCAUCGCAGUGACAAUAUUCUUCGAUGGAAUCAUGACUGUUCUUUCAGAAUGUUUUGAUGCAACUGUAGGUGUGGCUAGAGGCUGUGGAUGGCAGAAGAUUGGUGCUUGCAUUAACCUUGGUGCUUACUAUAUUGUUGGCAUCCCGUCAGCAUACCUCUUAGGUUUUGUCUUGUGUCUCGGCGGCAUGGGUCUUUGGAUGGGCAUCAACUGUGGGCUCUUGGUACAGCUCUUGCUACUCAUGAUUGUCACAAUGUGUACUAACUGGGAUAAAGAGGCCGCAAAGGCAAAGGACAGAGUGUUCAGUCCUCUUUCUUCCAAUUUCGACACAUGAAGACGUAAAAAGGGGGUGAAAAUGGACCCGACAAAUCCCGUCAUGUUUUCUAUAUUCAUCCCACCCGUUUUCGUAUUUUGGGGGAAGCCUGAAGAUGGGGCCAAAAUGAUUCUAGUGUUUUUUUUCAACUGUUUUUGUAUUUUCCAUUUAUUCAGAAAUCACUUUUUAACUACCUUUCUAGCUUCCUCAGUUAAUUCAUUUAUGUGAAAGGGAGUUUGAGAUUGCCAUGAACCAUUGAACUAUAUCUAUGUGAGUGCGUAUUUAUGCUGGUGAGGCUAUAUAUCUGUGUUUUAGAAUUACGUUUGAGUUGGAUAUGACCUUGUACAAUGAACUAUGAGUCGGUGUUCCCUUUGUCC